AGCAUUCCUAUUUUUUCAUGCAAUGCAUAAUUAAGAUAUGGAACUUUUUGCCACAGGACAUUGUAGAGGCUAGAAAAUAUGCAGAGCUUCUUAAAAGGGCACAUUCAAGGAAUAAUUGUGUAAGCAAGUUAGCACAACAAGAAUAAGCUAAGGUGUACCAAGGUAUGCAAGAUGUUGAAAGUUAGGACGAGAUAGAAAUAGAUGACCAUACGGCCCUGGUUAGUAAGCCCAGGAAUAAAGGAGGAAAUGGUGAUCUGGCAUCAGCUGGGUUUAACAUUAUCAAUUCCAUCAUAGGAUCAGGUAUUAUAGGACUGCCCUAUUCAAUGAAAGAAGCUGGUUUUCCUUUAGGAGUACUGCUUCUGUUUGGGGUUGCCUAUAUCACAGAUUAUUCUAUUAUAUUACUGAUCAAAGGAGGAAAUCUCUCCAGUACCAACACCUAUCAAGAGCUGGUCAGAAAAACAUAUGGUUUUUUAGGUUAUCUAAUUCUUUCAACUCUUCAGUUUUUAUAUCCAUUUAUCGCUAUGAUUAGUUACAACAUAAUAACUGGAGACACUUUAACUAAAGUGUUCUUGAGAAUUCCUGGAGUUGGAUCAGAAAAUGUGCUUAUUGAUCGUCGCUUCAUAAUUCUUGUUACCACUAUCAUCUUUACCUUGCCUUUAUCUUUGUAUCGUGACAUAGCGAAAUUGGGAAAGGUAUCUCUUGUUUCUCUGCUUUUAACUGUUGUCAUUCUGGUUAUUGUGAUGGUGAGGACAAUAACGCUUGGCCCACAGGUACCCAAAUCAGAAAAUGCAUGGAUAUUUGCAAAAUCAAAUGCAAUACAGGCCAUUGGGGUGAUGUCUUUUGCAUUCAUCUGCCACCAUAACAGCUUUUUAAUAUAUGGCUCUCUGAAAGAACCCACAUUAAACAACUGGUCUCGAAUCACACAUGUGUCUGUUUUACUUGCUGUUGUUAUCAGUGUACUGUUUGCUGCAUGUGGAUACAUGACUUUUACAGGAUACACAGAAGGAGAUAUAUUUGAAAACUACUGUAGAGAUGACAACCUUGCUACAUUUGGAAGGUUUUGUUAUGGAGUUACUGUAAUUCUGACCUUCCCUCUUGAAUGUUUUGUCACUAGAGAGGUGGUUGCCAAUGUAUUUUUCCAUGGGAGCCUCUCAACCGUUUUCCAUAUUGUUGUAACAGUAAUUAUCAUUGCUGUGGCGACUGGUGUAUCAUUAGUGUAUGAUUGCCUUGGAAUAGUUUUAGAGCUGAAUGGAGUUCUGAGUGCUACCCCACUUGUUUUUAUCAUCCCGACAGCGUGUUAUCUAAGGCUGUCUGAAGAGCGAUGGAACCAUUCAGAUAACCUCAUCUCCUGCCUGAUUCUUGCUGUCGGUGUGCUAGUGAUGACAUUCAGGUGCAGCCAGUACAGCUCAUUUGUCUUAGCUGAGUGGUCACUGAAUAUGUUCCCCUCCUGCUGCACUAAAUGGAAUUCAAAAUUACUAUUACUUCAUCACAGCUGCUGAAGACUUCAGAAUCAGAAGACUUGUGAGCUUUUGUGUUUUUCUGAUUAUUUUUACAUUUCUUUUGCUUGAAGUAUGUUAUCUGUUUAAAGUAUUAAUUGUAAUCCUUGCUUCUGAGAAUCAGGCUCAAGGGAAUUAAUCAGUAGGAUGCGUAUUGCCUGUUCAAUGUAAAGAUUUCAAUGUCUUGAUAUUGAAUCACGUUUACCUCUCUUCUAUGAAGGGUGAAAUCUUUCUGUGCCUUACUACUUUAGAAAUGUAGAUUUGAUUCAUAUGCUUUUCAAAUUACAAAGUACUAAAAGGUAAGGUAGAGGUCAUCAGUUAAAUGUGUUGCUGGUAAAGCUGCUUUUGCUCUUAAAAGAUUGUUUUACUAGAACUAAUUGCAUCCAUUUCACCAUAUAAUUAUCACUUUGCUGGGUUUUCAUCUUGCUGGUUUUCAGUCAUUAACUUGCAGGUGAAGGUGGGGUUCUCUUAGCUAUUAGUGUACUGUAAAAAGGGAAGUCAUUAAUGGUAGUUGCCUGAAGUUAGUUAACUGCAGUUUGGCAAAUGGCUUUUUAGAAGCUAUGGUUCCCUCCUUUGCAGUAUAACUUUUAUUGAAACUGCAAAUGAUAACCUGCUGUAUGCUUUUUGAAUACAGAAAGAAUCACCUUUUUAUUGUCAUAAUAAAGCUUGUAAUAACAUAAUGGUUUUUUAAAACAAAUAAAACUCCCCAAUAUAAAAUUGUAACUAGCUAUCAUUAAAAGCAAUCUAUAAAGCAUGCAAGUCUGUGUAUAUUAAAAAAAAAAUUAAAGCCCAAAUUCCUAAGUAUUACAGCAUAGAAGUCCUGAUGCAGCAGAAGAUAUUUAACCUAAAAAGAGGAAAUAUAGCACCAGGAAAGUAUAACCACAAUAAAGAAUUAGUUGUGAAUGUACUUAACUCUUUUUAAAAGCAAAAAGCAACCAAGCAACUACGGCAAAAACAGCAAUUUAUAAGCUGCUAGCUCAGUGGAGCUCAUUGAGAAUGAAUGGAAGAUAAUUACUGCCCAUGUUGUCCUACUGGACAGACUUUUUCCACUGAGUAGGAAGGAGUGUUGGAAACAAAUCCAAACUCUGCAGUGAGACUUCAUGGAGUCCAGGCUGAGGGAGAACAGCAGUGUUCCAUAAGUACUCACUGGCAGGGUUUUCAUGUCAAAAGCUGGUAGUAUGACUCACUGUUUCUACUGAAUUCCUUCUUUGCAGCUGAGAAGGCAUUUCCUGACACCAAAUGUAAAAUUGGCAGUCCUGUAGGAGCUUAGCAGACAGUUAUUUAAUUUUCUAGAGCAGUAUGCUUCUCAAUUCAUACAUUUGUGAAGUAUUUUUAGUUUGGUAGGUGGGCAAACUCUAUAUAUCACCAGAAUCUCCCUAGAGACUGAGUUUGUCAACCUCCUCAAGUUUUUCUGUGGAAAGGGCAAAAUGGCAUGGGUUUGCUAAAUGGACAUUAUCCAAUAUGUUAUUUGAUGGAAUUUUUAUAUCUGAACACAUGUAUUAACUGGAUCUAGUAGGGAAAGGAUUUAACUCUUCAGUAUUUCUGAGAAUAGCAAAUGAAAAUGUAGUAUGAGAAUUUAAUAGGACUCUGGUAUAAACACUUAACACUAGUAGUGAAAAAAGACGCAAAAAUGAUAGAAUAAACAAAUGUAUUGUGUGUACAAAACAUGAGACUGACAACGUUCCCAUAGCAGGAAGGAGGGAAAAAUCUCUUGUUGAGAAAAACAGUGCACAGAAGGUUUGUAUUUUUAUACUGUUUUUUUUUUUUUUACAUUAAGAAGCAGUUCUUCAAUUCUGUCCUGUUGCAAUGUUUGUUUGGAUUUUUUUAGAACAGAAUUUAGGCUAGUGAAGGAAAUAGUUUUCUGGUUCAUCAUUCAAUGCUGUAUUGUAAUUAUAAUUUAAAUUCAGCUAAUGACCUUUGUGGGAUAGCUCCUGACUUUGCUGCUAUAUGAAAUGCUUUGGUCUCAAUCUGUUUUGGUUGUAACAGAGGCUACUCCAUGGACAUCUGUGCUCAAGUUUGUUUAUAAAUACUAGGUUCUGGUAUGCAUCAAACACCCAUACCAUUAUACUUCAGAGUAAUUGCUCAUUGUGAAACGGGACAAGAGACCCUACCUCAUUCCUUUUGCAUGUGCAAAAUAUGGAAAAUUACACAGGAAACUUGUUCUUUUAAAGUAAGAACUGAUAUUGCUAUCUGCUUUCUACAAAUAUCUGAUAUUGUUACUGUUUGAGAAUACCCGUGAUAAAGAUGCAAGUCUGCUUGCUGUAAACAUUCAUGCUUUUGGAGUUGGUUUGAGAUAGUUCUGACUACUUUGAAGUUCACUGCAAAAGCUGGUUAAUAUGUCAGGGAAAAGCAGAUGGGACAAAAAAACUUGACUUUGUUGGCAUCUCUCUCUUGUUGUUAAACCUCAACUGAACACAGACAUUGAUGUAAGCACUCAAAAUGCAAGACUUCAUUAAUAUGAUUACAAUUUCCUCUAAUACACCAAAUUCAAUCUACAAGAUUAAAGAGACUGUAUGCUUAUUAGAGAAGACUUAGCUAGAAAUAUUCCCUGAGUUUUGUUCCAUGCUGUAUUGUGUAAUAAAUUGUGUGUAGUGUGUUCCUACCUUAUUUUAUUAGGAUGCAUUUCUUCCUCACAUACACAUUUGCUUGUAAAUUCUUGUUUCUUGAAAGGCUGAGACUUUGGGGCUUUCCAGGAGGCUUUAUACCUUGGAACUAAAGCAGGAUGCAACAAGUUAAACAUCCUGAAACUUUAGUUAAGACAUCAAAGAAGAGCCUCCUGGAACUGAGGAAGGAACUUCACUGAAAAUUUGCAAAUGCUCCCAAUUGUGGUUAAUGCUUCCAACAUGAGAGCCAAAAAAAACUCAACAUUGUUCUUGUUGUGCUAUAGUUAGAUGUAAGCUGGGAGCUCUUGAAACACCAGUACAUAACACCAGUGUUAUACCUAUGUAAAGUAUA